AUGAUGUACGACGAUUUCGAACAGCUACUGGACCUCAAAGUUCGCGCUACGUUUCGUAAGUCCCGUGGAGAGUGGAAUGAAGCCGAUGACGAAUGGCGGAUGGCAAAGGCUCUUAUUCUCUAUACAACACGUGAGGGAGCACUUGUAUCGCUCGAGUUUGUGAGCGAUACGCAAGAAGAGCGAGACGUCGGUUGGUACAUUGAGAAGUUGAGGCGGGAAAUUCCUGCCAAAAACCUAGGUGUCCCGCCAUACGUUCAGCUCCAAAUGUUGCGGGAUGCUGAAGUGUCUGCCUUCAACGCAGAACUGUAG